UUCAAUAUAAAUAGAUAAAAAAGGCUAUGUAGCUGAGCUGGCGUACCAUUACUACAUAGCUUCUUCACCUGUGCUUUCUUCCUCGCUGUGCAUGUAGUCCUGGUGGAGUCUGCUCUUGCCCUGCUUUUCGUUCUCAGAAUGGAGCUCUGAGACUUGUCCAAAUCAUGGAUAACAAGACAUGGCUUUGGAAGAAGAAGUCCUUGGAAAAGAACAUCGAGAAAGAGAAGAUUCUCGAGCUAGAGAGACACUUGGAAGAUUUAAAUGAACAACUUUCAUCUAUUCGCUCUGAGUCCAAUGCUAAAGAUGAUCUUUUGACAAAGCAAUCCAGAGUAUCUGAAGAAGCAACUGCAGGAUGGUGUAAAGCAGAAGCAGAAACUGCUUCAUUCAAACAAAAACUGGAUGAUGCUGUACUCCAAAAGAAAGCUGCGGAAGAAAGAGUAGCUGAUAGAGAUACAGCGUUGAAAGAAUGCAUGCAACAGCUACAUAUUACUAAAGAAGAUCAACAGUUCAUUGUUAACAAUGCUGCCUUUAAGAUAUCGAGAGAGCAGGAGAAGGUUCGAACAUUAGAACAGAAGUUAUCGGAGACAAAUAAGAGGCUUACUGAGGUAGUCGUUGAAAAUGGCAACUUGAAUAGAAUUCUAGAGGUCAAAGAAGACUUAUUCAAAGAAGUAAGCGAGUCGAAAUCCAAGGUAGAAGCAAACCUCACGGAAGUGUCGAGUAGGCUUGAUUCAUCUGAGAAACUCAAUGCUUCUUUAAGGUACGAGCUAUGCAUGCUUCAAAAAGAGAUUGAGAUUCGAAAUGAGGAGAGGGAUUACAAUAACAGAUCCUCGAAUGCUGCUCAUAGGCAAAACCUAGAGAGUGUUAAGAAGAUUGCAAAGUUAGAAACCGAGUGCCAAAGAUUGCGUGUCAUGGUCAGGAAGAGACUUCCGGGACCAACGGCUUUAGCUAAAAUGCGGAGUGAGGUUGAAAUUCUAGGUAAUAAUUCCACUGAAACAAGGAAGAAAAGGUUGGGUUCCAUGAAUGAAGAUUUCAGCUUGAAGAAUAUUCUUCCUGAUGACGACGUAUCAAGCAAGGGCACCUUUUCAUUUGUUGAUAGACUACGCACCACUGAAGAUGAGAACAAGAUUCUCAAAGAAUCAUUGAUCAAGAAAAACAAUGAACUUCAGGCAUCACAUGCAAUGUUUGCACGUACUGCAAUGAAGCUAUCACAGGUUGAGAAACAACUUGAAGAACUCUCGAAAGGACAAGUUUGUGAGCUAGCAAGGGGAAGUCCAUUGUCUUGUGACAUUCCUCUUUCAUCGAUUUCAGAGCAUGGUGCGAAUGAUGACAGUGUCAGCUGUGCUGAAUCGUCGGCUUCUGCUUUAGUUUCUGAGCUGGAACACUUCAGAAGUGGAAAAUCAACUGCUUCAUCAUUCAGAAAUGCCAGAAUGUCAGAAUUGAGUUUGAUGGAUGAUUUUGUUGAGAUGGAGAAACUUGCGAUAGUCUCUGCAGACAAAUAUUUUGAAAGUUCAUCGAGUGUGUUCGGUGAUAAUAAUUCAUGUGUGACGACUAAAGAUUCUUGUGCAGGACUUGAUUUAUCAGAAGCAACCGGCAAGGACUUGGUUCUAGUUAAAGAAGCAAACAAUGAGACGCAAUUCAGGUACACUGCAUUCGAAAAUCACCCUAGUUGGCUUCAGGAUAUUCUGAGGGUCAUCAUACAAAAGCAUCAUAUCGUGCAAAAAGGUUUUAGUGUCAUUCUCAAUGAUGUUAGAGUUGCAUUGGAUGUCUUGAACUAUAAUAUCGAAGGAGAUCGUUUCACUAGCAAAAGCAGUGCCCAACCAUGCCAGUCAAGCCUAGACGAAUCAAUUCGUAAACUUAUUGAAUUGGUUGAGGGAAUUGUUCAGAAAAAUACCAAAAGUAAUGGACUAGGGAUGCCAUCUGGAGAUACCAAAGCGAAUGCUACUGAACAAAGAUAUCCUUCUGCAAAUGGAUAUGUUGCCCGCUCAUUUCUAUGGGAAAAUUCUGAACUUUCUGCUGUUCUACAGAAUUUUAUUUCGGUGUGUACUGAGUUGCUGUGCAGAAAGGUUGAUUUUGAACAAUUUACUGCUCAAGUAGCUUUGACUCUGGAGUGGAUCGUAAACCAUUGUUUUUCUCUUCAAGAUGUUACAGACAUGAAAGCAACAAUAAGGAAACACUUGGAUGCAGAUGUGACUUAUCCAUCUAAGGAGUUGGAUAAGUUAGAUUCAAUUGAAGAAACCGAUACCACCGAUGGAAGAAAAGAUGAAAAUGAACUCCUGAGGUAUAAGAUCAUGAGUAUGGAUUCAAGGAGGAAGGAUUUGGAGGCAGUGCUAAAAACAUCCACCGAUAAGAAUGAAACACUGAUGGCUCAACUUAGGAAGUCAGAAGUGAGCAUCACCAAUUUACAGCUAGAAUUUGCUACUCUUAAAGAAUCGAAGGGGCAGAUUGAAGACCAGAUCAUAAACCAAAAACUUAUUAAUGAAGAUCUUGGGACACAGCUUUCAAUUGCAAAGACUGAAUUGAAAGAGGCAUAUCAAAAAUUCUCAUCCCUUGAAGUUGAACUUGAAGAAAAAAGCAAUUGCUGUGAGGAAUUGGAGGCAGCAUGUCUCGAAUUGCAGCUUCAAAUUGAAAGCAGUGCUGCAUCCAAGGAAGCUCCAAAGUAUGUCCUGCAACAAGAAGAAAAGCAAAUCCAGGCAGACUGUGAUAUUGCUGCUGCUUCUGAAAAGCUUGCGGCUUGUCAGGAAACGAUUGUAAACCUGGGGAAACAGUUGAAAGCAUUGGCCUCACCACAAGAUGCACCUUUAUUCGACAAGGUCAUAUCCACUCCUGCCGCUGCAAAAUCCAAACGCCGAAUUCAGUUAGUUGAUCAUAUGAGAGCAGAGGAUCAGGUAACAUUGCAAUCUCCAAACACAAAGGAAAUUAUAUGCGCUGAACCACCGAAACCACCAACAACUGCAACUUCUAAGACGCAACACUCGCACGAAGGUUCAGCAAAAAGUAUCAUGAAUCUGUCACCAGUGAAGUCACCGGCUAGCAAUCAUAGAGGUGGAACUAGUGCCGAAAGGCUUAUGAUUGUACCAAAGAAACAAAAAGGAGGGGGUAUGUUCCUGAGGAAGCUUCUUCUGCGACGAAAGAGAGAACGGCGAGAACCUCGAUGCUAUGAUUUAGCUCACAAAUAACAGAAAGUAGCUUUGGCUGCAAGUGCUGCUUUUGAAGAUUGUAAUAAGGGAGAAGGAACUAGGUGAGGUGUUUGUAGGUAGAAUUGGUGGUUCCUUUAUUUCUAGUUUGGUCGAUGUCGUGUAAUGCUCUAUGUAAUUUUUUCCAUUUUGGUGUAACUCUAAUAAUAUUAUUCUGUUGAAUAAGAGUGAAAUCUUUGUUACUUGAUAA